AUGGCGCCUGGGCACUUGUAUCCCGGCGGGGGUUUUGGACGAAGGAGGCUAUCUAAGCCGGCACCAAAAACGCCUCACUUGCCUCACGCUGGUUACCGAUGGCACAUGUCCCCAUGCGCAGCAUUGUCUGGACGUCUGACCAAACUGGAGUGGGAAGGAAUCCAGCACCCAGCCGAGGUUGAAUCACUGCGAAAAUGCAUUCAGCAAAACUGGAUGCACUUGACUGAUCUUUCCAUUGGAUUCGUGCUGUCUCCCAACGCCCGAGGCCUUCACUGGGACGUCAUGGGCCUGCGUUGA